AUGCCAGACUAUGUCUUCGCAUACCGUGGUCUCUUCAAAAUGGCGAAGUCCAUCUCCCAUGCAACACGAUCAUCUGCAUUUACUAGUGGGAUCGUAGUCUGGCUGAGGACUUACUUGAAGACCGGUCUUGUGUCGUGCGCGAACAAGAAGCCCGAGGUCUCGCAGACCGAAACUGGUGAGCAAGAAAUCGACUUCUGGAAGUUCUUCCUCUUUGCGCGAAAUUGA